CCACCGCCGCCGUCGCUGCCGCCGCCUGCCGCGCUGGUGGCGUCGUUCGUGGCCGCCGGCACCGUGGACGACAUGGGCCUAGUGUCAGCGGUACCGGCGGCCGGGGCCGAGCCGGACGACGGCGAGGAGACGGAAACGGCUCCCGAGUCAGAGACGGUGGACGACUCAGUCACGCGCUGCAUCUGCGACUUUGAACAUGACGACGGCUACAUGAUUUGCUGCGACCGCUGCUCGGUGUGGCAGCACGUGGACUGCGUGGGCCUGGACCGCACCUCCAUCCCGGACGAGUACCUGUGCGAGCAGUGUCAGCCGCGCCGGCUGGACCGGCGGCGCGCCCGCUCGCUCCAGCUGCGCCGCCGCCAGAAACUGCUGACCGACUCGGACGACUCGCCGGACUCUGGCGGGGAGCCGACGGCGGCCGGCCGCCCGGCCGGCGGACCCCGCGUCCGCCGACCCGUCAAACGGAGACAGUCGCGCUUGCAGCAGCCGGCCGAGCGCAGCAGGCUCUCCGUCAAGAAGCGGCGCCUACCGAGGAGCAGUGGGCGCACUCGCCCGGUCAGCGACGCCGGCGCCGAGGGCUGGUCGCUCGAGCAGCCGGCCCGCAAGCUGCGCUGCUGGAUCGACGAGUACGAGGACGCCGUCACCAACCACUACUCGGCCGAACUGCGUGUCCGGCUGGCCUCGAUGCGGACGGGCGCCGUGCCGCCGCCGCCGGCCGGGCCCCAGCGCUGCGCCGUCGCCACGGUGGGCCCCGACGAGCGGGGCCUGGUGGCCGCCCUGCCCUUGCUGGCCAACACCACGCUGGUGGAGUUCCGAGGCCGCUGCCUGCUGCAUGCCGAGUACCGGCAGCAGUUUCCGCUACAGAGCAAGCGCUACCAGCCGCACGUGCUCCACUACCGGUUCCCGCGUGACGCGCUGCACGUCUGCAUCGACGCGCGCCAGUACGGCAACGUGGCGCGCUUCGUGCGCCGGUCUUGCCGGCCGAACGCGCAGAUCCGGCACGUGGUGGACCGGGGCGCGCUGCACCUGCACGUGGUGGCCGUGAGCGCGGUGUCGCGCGGCUCCGAGAUCACGAUCGCGCACGACCAGCCGGGCAGCCGGCAGCUGGUGUGUGCGUGCGGCCGCACCGACGGCUGCCCGGUGGCCGCCUGCCAGCCCACCAACGGCACUAUCAGCAACGGCAAGACGACUGGCCCGGCCCGGCGGCGGCGACGGCGCAGCUCCGCCCGGCCGCCCACGCCGUCGCCUUCCGCGCCCUCCGGAGACGAGUCGAGCGAGGAGGGCCGCGACGCGCCGCCGGCGCCGCUGCCGCCGCCCUCACCGCCGCCGCCGCCGCCGCCACCACCGGUUUCGCAGCAGCCCACGCCGCGCAAGAAGUCCCCGCACCGCUCGCCGGCCAAGGCGGCCGAGCCGCGGCCGAUGUCCAUGUCGCCGGGAGAGACGGCGCCCGCCGCCGCCGGCUCGCCCGCCACCAAGGACGAGCCCAAGAAACUGACGCGCGAAGAGCGCAAGAUCGAGGCCAUCAUGAAGGCGUUCGAGCGCAUGGAGAAGAAGCAGCAGAGGCAGCAGCAGGCGGCCGCCACCGGUGACUCGCCCCGCAAAGCCAGCAAACAGUCGCGCGAUGACUCGUCACGGAACAACUCUGCCGAGGAGCUGGCCAGCGCCGCCGACAGGAACGCCCGCAAGAGGGGCCGCAAAGGCAGCCGCGCUCGCCUGCUGUCGUCGCCGCGGCGCCAGUCGGCCGCCGACUCGGCCGGCUCGGAGGCGCUCUCCGGCGACGAGGCGCCGCCGCCACUGCCGCCGCCGCCGCCGCCUCCGCCGCCCGCCUCGGCGCCCUGCUCCAUGGCCGGGCCGCCGCUCUCGGCGCCGCUCAGCGCACCCGUCUCCGGGCUCAACGCGCACGGCUUCCGCUUCCCAAAGACGAAAAAGAUGCUGAUGACCGAGUGGCUGAACGAGACGGUGGUGACGGUAGUGCGGCACGUGUCGGACGGCGGCGACCCGUGCGAGCUGCCGUCCAUGUACACGCGCGGCGCACGCUCGCCGCCCGUGCAGCGGCGCGCCAGCCUGAGCGUGGGCCCGGCGCCGGCCGCCGCCAGUCCGCCGGCCGCUCAGCUGGGCGGCUCGGCCAAGAAGCGGUGGCUGCGCCAGGCCAUCAGCGAGGAGGGCGAGCCCGAGCAGCUGAACGGCAACUGCGCCAGCCCCGUCAGCCGGCCAGAGUCGCCGGGCGCGACUGACUACUUCACGCCGCUCAAGAAGCGCCGUCUGGCGCGCAGCUCGGUCUCCAGCGAGCUGACGUGGACGCCGCCGCCGGAGUCGGGCUGCGAGCCGCCGGCUCUGCGCCAGUCCCCCGAGCAGCGAGAGUCGCCGCUGAAGACUGAGGUCAUUGUGGCGACGCCGAUGCCGCCGCACUCACCGCCGAGGGUGGAGUCGAUGCCGCCGCACUCGCCAUUGAAGAUGGAGCCGAUGCCGCCGCGCUCACUACUGAAGAUGGAGCCGAUGCCGCCGCGCUCGCCACUGAAGAUGGAGCCGAUGCCGCCGCACUCGCCACUGAAGAUGGAGCCGGUACCGCUGCGUUCGCCCCUGAAAAUGGAGAGCCAGGUGUCUGCAAUGAACCUGGAUGUCCGUCGCCCCCCACUGAAACUGGAUGUCCGGCCGUCGCCGCUGAAGUUGGGCCUGAACACGCUGCCGACGAAGGUGGACUGGGAGGCGGCUCGUGCGGCGGUGAAGAUGGCGGCGUCGCUGGACAGUGAGCGGGCGACCGGUUCGCCCAUCAAGGCGGAGGCCGGCGUGCCGCUGCUGGACCCGCCCCCCGGAGCGGAUCAGACCGAGGCGCAGCCCGGCUCGAGAAGCCCGCGCCGCCCGGCCGCUACCGCGCCAGCGCCGCUGGUUAAGGAGGACCUCGCCGCCCAGUGGCCCAAUCCGAGUAUCGUAACGCUUGCAUCGCCCACCAAGACGGAACAGCUGUGGCUGGUGCCAGAGAGUGGUGGAUAG